GAUGGGUUUUUCUGAACGUGAUGAUUGAAAUUCGAGACGUUUUCCUUUGACUUCUGUUAUCUCUCAAUUAAUAUCUCUAGUGUCCAUUAUCCCAAGUCUUGUGUAGAAAAAAAGCACCUCCUUUGGAAACGUUAUCAUUUUGAAAGCACCAGUUAAAAGCUAGCAGAGGUAUCUGACAGAACAAGGAGAAAUUACACAGAGAGAGAGAGAGAGAGAGAGAGAGAGAGAUGGGAAGGGCUCCUUGUUGUGACAAGGCGAACGUGAAAAGAGGGCCAUGGUCACCUGAAGAAGAUGCAACGCUAAAAGAGUACAUAGAGAAACAUGGGACUGGAGGGAAUUGGAUAGCUCUUCCUCAGAAAGCGGGUCUUAAGAGAUGUGGAAAAAGCUGCAGAUUAAGAUGGCUUAACUAUCUCAGACCCAACAUUAAACACGGUGAAUUCUCUGAUGAUGAAGAUAGGAUUAUAUGUACCCUUUUUGCUACCAUUGGAAGCAGGUGGUCAAUAAUAGCGGCUCAGUUGCCAGGCAGAACUGACAAUGAUAUUAAGAACUACUGGAACACCAAGCUUAAGAAGAAAUUCAUUGGUAUAUUUCCUCCAUCUCAGCGAAAAACUCACCCAGUACUCAACCUCUCAAAUGCCCUUCAAACUUCAUCAUCAUCAUCUUCAUCAACAACAACAUCAACUUCAUCAUACCAAGGCAGCAACAUUACUUACUACUACCCUACCACUUCUUUCACAAGCUUAGAGCCGAUUCCAGGUCUUUUGAGCAGCAAUUAUUCUGCUAAUGCAGCUACAAUUCUUCAAGCCCGAGAAAACUUGGUGGGACAGCUACAAAAUUGCUAUGUAAAAGAUAAUCUGCUCAUGUUUGGGGGUGAAGCUAGUUGUAGCUCUUCUGAUGGAAGUUCCAACAACCUGAUCAGCCAUAGCAAAGAAAGAAGAGAGUACGAAUAUGGCGCUGGCGCUGGUGGUGUAGUUGAAACUAAUGAACUACAGAUGGCUCCUCAGAAUUGCUUUUACAAUGGAGUCGAAGGAAAUCAGAGGUUCACGAUUUCCAAUGGUGGUGAUCAUCUUAACGGUUGGAUUGAAAAGCAAAAUCACAAAAAAUUCUAUGAACAACAAUUAGACUAUGGCUUUGACGAAAUUAAGCAGCUGAUUAGCACCGACGGUGGCAGCAACUUUUUGUUUGAUGAGCACAAGACGGAGGAAAGGUUGUUGUAUUAUUGAUGCUGACUGUGGGUAAAAUCAGAAAGAUUUGAAUGCAAAAGGAAGGGAAGAGUUGAAGAUUCAACUAAGCAAAAGGAUAAAAAAUUCAGAUUCGGAUUCAGUUUUGUGGGAAUGGGGUCACGUUCUUGAGGGGAAACACUACUGUGAGAGUACAUGAUAAAAGUUUCCUUUCUGCAUUUCUUUUUGGGGAAUGUUGCUGUAUAUGGUAGCUAGGACGGUUUAACUGCAGCGGUUCAGGCAUAAAUUUCACGAAAACUAGGCAAGCCAUCAUCUUUCAAGAAAGUAACUUAGAGCCAAGAAUCCAUCAUUACUGGUUUUUUUUUUUUU